AUUUUUCAACCGCAGCCAUCUUGCAAAGCGGAGUUAACGUCAAGCGCUUUUGUGUGUUAUUUUUUUCUUCUCGCAAAUUUCGAUUCGUUUUUUCCACUAAAAAAUCACUAAAUUAACACGAUAAAACUUUAAAAAUCGUUCACAGUUUAAUUUCUCAAUAAAAUACAAAACAAAAUGAUAUAAAAUUCCAAAAAUCUCAAAUGCAAUUCAACAAAAAGCAUCCGUAAACCACAAGGAAAGGAAAAAAAUACUUCAUUCAAAGAAGACAAAAUAAAAGAAGAGCAACACAAGAAGAAAAAGAAGCAGAAAAAAAAGUUCCAUCGACCCACAACGAAAAACGACGAACGAAAUUUUCUUUGAAAAUUGUGAAAAAUUUCAAAAAGUAUAUUUUCAAGUUUUCUGCUCCCGUGCUAAUAAUUGCUGUCAUCAAACGGACCAUCUCACCUAAAGCCAAGACGAAUAUCUCAAUCUCAAGACAUAACAACAAAAGAAGAAAUUCAACCAAAACAGAAUAGAAGCAAAUAACACACAAAAAAAAGUUAAAAAUGUGGAAUGCCGAUGCGAAACUACAAACAACCCAACAAAAUGGUAUCAAAUCGUUUUCAGCCGGUUCGCAAUCAGGCAGCAGCAGUGGUGCUUCAUCUGGCGGUGGCAAUAAAUUGCAAACCGCCCCCAAGACACUAGGAAUGACAUCGGCCAUUAGCUUAGCCGAUCCUCGUCCCGAGGACAUCAUCAAAACAGACGAACUCCGACAGACACUGGAGCCGUACAAAGUAUUCGAAUCACAAGAUGAACUCAAUCAUCGUAUGGAGAUUUUGGCAAAACUAAAUACUCUAGUUAAGCAAUGGGUGAAAGAUGUGUCGAUUGCCAAAAAUAUGCCAGAAGCAGCCGCUGAAAAACUAGGAGGUAAAAUCUAUACAUUUGGUUCGUAUCGUUUGGGUGUGCAUCACAAGGGAGCCGAUAUUGAUGCACUGUGUGUGGCACCACGAAAUAUUGAACGCACUGAUUAUUUUACGUCCUUUUUCGAGUUGCUCAAGAAGCAACCCGAAGUUACGGAAUGUCGAGCCGUCGAAGAGGCCUUUGUGCCGGUCAUAAAGAUGAAUUUCGAUGGAAUUGAAAUUGAUUUGCUCUUUGCGAGAUUAUCACUGAAAGAGAUACCCGAUGAUUUCGAUUUGCGAGAUGAUAAUUUAUUAAAAAAUCUUGAUCCGAGAUCAGUGAGAAGUUUGAAUGGUUGUCGCGUUACAGAUGAGAUAUUAAGUCUUGUGCCGAAUAUUGAAAAUUUUCGUUUAGCAUUGAGAUCUAUUAAAUUGUGGGCUAAAAAACAUGGAAUUUAUUCAAAUUCACUUGGAUACUUUGGUGGUGUGACAUGGGCUAUGCUUGUUGCACGCACCUGUCAGCUAUAUCCGAAUGCCGUUGCCGCAACUUUAGUUCAUAAGUUCUUUUUGGUCUUCUCCAGAUGGAAGUGGCCAAAUCCAGUGCUUCUAAAGCAUCCAGAAAAUAAAAAUUUACGAUUUUCUGUAUGGGAUCCACGGGUUAAUGCAGCUGAUCGCUAUCAUCUGAUGCCAAUCAUUACACCCGCAUAUCCCCAACAGAAUUCAACAUUCAACGUGUCGGAAUCGACUAAAAAAGUUAUUUUAAAUGAAUUUAAUCGUGGCAUGUCCACAACAGAUGAAAUAAUGCUUGGCAGAGCCAAAUGGGAAAGGCUAUUUGAGGCUCCAAGUUUCUUCUAUACUUAUCGUCAUUUCAUAGUUCUACUUGUUAAUUCAAAAACUGCUGAAGAUCAUCUAGAAUGGUGUGGUCUAGUUGAGUCGAAGAUUCGUCUUCUUAUUGGAAAUCUAGAGCGUAAUCAACAUAUUUCUCUAGCACAUGUUAAUCCAAAAUGUUUUGAAUAUAGGAAAGGCGAUACGAAGUGUCAGAAUAGUGGAAGCAACAGCACCACUCAGCCUGGGUCACAAGAAAAACAUCCUGUUUCGGAUGCAUCAUUCUGUUCAAUGUGGUUCAUUGGUUUGGAAUUUGAACGCACCGAAAAUUUGAAUGUUAAUUUAACAGAAAAUAUUCAAAACUUUACAGAACAUGUUAUAUCACAUGGGGUGAAUAUAAAAAUGCUAAGAGAAGGCAUGACAAUUGAAGCUCGUCAUGUUAAACGUAAAUCACUUAGUUUAUACUUGGAUGGGGAGUAUCUGAAACGGGAACGACGCUCCAUGGAGAGUCAUAAUACUUUUAAUAAUUCGAUUUUAGCUACAAGAAAACGUCUGUCCUCCGAGUUGGAGAAACAACCAUCGCAAAAUAGUAUUGGCGGUGGUGGUAGUGGUGGAGGUGUCUCGAAACGCAGUAGAAAUAGUGAAUCACAAAAUGAAGACAAUUCAAAUGCUUCGUCAGGCAACAGUGACUCAGCAAUGACUCCAUCAACACCGACUUCAACAACACAAUCGCCGCCACAAUUUCCAGGAAAAUCCACAACACCACUUAAAAAUGGCAGCGAUGAAAGUCCGCAGAGUUUACUCGAUGAUUUAUCGUCAACGGCAACUGCAAAUGUUUCCAGUACAACAACAACAACCGCAGCAGCUGGUGCAGGCUCCAAAGCUGUUUCAAAAACAAAUAAUCCAGCAACAACGACCACCGAAGUUGCUUGCUCGUGACAUCAUAAAUUCAAAAGAUCUUUAUCAUCCAUAAAUAAUAAUAACAUUAACAAAAUUAAUAACAACAACAACAAAACUGCUGCCACCGCUGCCAAUUCUGCUACUUUUACUACAGUUGCUGCAAAUACUCCUGCCGCAAGUAAGAGUAAUGAAGGGGGACCCAUUAUGACGACAAUUACUUUGUAGUAAAAAGAGUGAACUUUACAAAAAUCAACAACUUCAAACUAACCCGGAAUCGAUAUAAAGAACUAGCAGCACCUACCGCAUCUGAAAACCAUCUUGUAAAUACAAAAUUAUAUUUAAUAACUAAUAAUUAACAUUUCCAUUUAUUUUUGUUUUCAUUAUUUUUAAAUUUAACGCUUAUAAUGCUGUCCUAUAUUAUAUAGAGUGCGAUAGCAGCAGGAUCAAAAUAAAAUAAACCCUGAUGGAAAAAAA